CUAGUUAUAGAGCUGUAAUGACAAAGCUCCCUAUUGCUGAUGACCUGCUGUAAAGAUACUGAGCGAAGUGUGCUAGCGCCAAUGAUGAAAAUCUGUGCUUCUGUCAUUUUUCUGGUUGAAUGGAGUAGUUUGUGCUGAAUUAGUGAUUGUGAACAGUGAAUGUGGUUCCACCGUUUUGCGCCUGUUUUGUCGGUCAUUGUGCGUUUGUGUAUCGAAAACACAAGAAGAAAAAAGGGCGCUCCGGUCGCUGACGAUGCCGUCAGCACGUCUCCAGCAUGUGGGGAGGGAACAGCACGAGAUGGCUACCACACAGGCAACAUAAGCAGAGCAGUCAGUAAUAAUAGUUACACAACAAAUGCGCAACAGCAACAACCUACAACCACAGCAACGGCAGCAACGACACUUGCGACCGCAAAUGUUAGCUCCACUGGAGGCGGCCUCUCAAACGGUCACUCCUCUGGUGGAAGCCCUCAUGACUCCGUUAGCGAAGGUUCACCCGAAUCAUCGGGUUCUCAAGCUCUUCAGUCGAGUGACCCGUCUCUACCCAAUGGGGAAGCAAAAUCUGGGCAGUCAACAGUUGCUGGCAACGGUGGUGCAGGCAGUGAAGGCCGUCCAACUGGUUCGAUCGCUGCCGAGACUCAUGUCAAAACCGAAUCACCUGAUACUCUUGCGUCGAGUGAAGCUAUGCAUAGCCUCGUCGAUACUGUGAUCAAACAAGAGUGCUUACGGCGAUUAAGUGGCGACAAUAACGGUGGGGCAUCACUUGUUUCGGCGGUUGUAGAGAAUGGUACAACGUUAAGCAACAUCAAUGGGCCAUGUACAGUUAGACCAAAGUUAGAAGAAAAUCAGAAGGAAAUUCAAUUGACAGAAAGCACUGCAUCAUCGCAGACGCCGACGAAUGGUGAUGUCCCUGAACUAUCGGGUCAAAAAAUAAAGACAUCGGGGACCUCGUCAAUAGCAGCCACAACAAUAGUCUCAGCGUCAACAACGGUGCCAACACCAACAACGUCAAUAGCCAUCAUAUCGAGCAGCGCGGAAACUGAAAAGGCAAAGACAACAACCAAUGCAGGCACGCCCACGAAAUCAUCAAAUGAGGCAGUUGUGGUUAAUGGGGAGAAACAGCCUUUACAUGGCAAGCAGAUAGGUAAAGAGGCAAGCGAUCAGCUCUCACUGCAGGCAGUUCUCGAGUACCUACGGAAACACAACUUACAGGAAACAGAAAAAAUUUUAAAACGUGAGUCAAAGGUGUCUGGGGGCGUAGCAGAAAGUGAACGCGAUGAAGGCACUGCGGGGGGAUUAAGUGGUCGUGCAGGCGCAGAAGGCGACCCUGAUGCUGUCGAAGGAUCAUAUGCGGCGUUGCGUUCGUUUGUUGAGACGUCGCUGGACUCGUACCGGCAUGAACUGGCGGCUAUUCUUUACCCGUGCUUCGUGCACAUGUACCUUGAACUUGUCCAUAACGGACACCGCAAACAGGCGGACGCCUUUAUUGAGAGGUUCGGCCCCUUGCAAGAGGAGUACUUCCAGGAAGAUAUUCGACAACUGAUGUUCGUACAUCGAAAAGACCAAAUGGCUGAAUCACAAUUGAUGCAAAAUUUCCGAUCUGGUCAGUACACGGUACGCAUGUAUCGAGACACAUACAAUGCACUCAAACGUUUCCUUCAGGAUAAGAAAAAUGCAGCAAUUCAGAACAUCGUUCAGGAAAACAUCUAUGUAGAUGUCUACGAAGGCAUUGCUAGGAGCCGACAACAGGUCGACGCGGUUAGUGGAAGUACCAUGGGCGAAGCCAGUAAGCAGCUGAACAAGGCCAAGGUUUACUAUGGCCUUCCAAAGGAGCCAACAAUUAUCGUUGAGGAAGAAGAUGAUGCCGGGGGCGAGGAUGGUGACGGGAAGCCGAAAAAAAAGAAAGCAAAGAAAGACUCAGGCUUGUCAAAAAAGACGCGAGCUGAUCCAAACGCACCUCCAUCGAAUCGGAUACCACUUCCUGAGCUGCGCGACGCCGACAAACUCGACCGAUUAAAUGCGUUGAAGGAAGCGGCCAAGAGAAUACGACUGGGUGCAGGAAAUUUGCCUAGCAUCUGCUUCUACACGCUCAUCAAUAGCCACCUACAAGCUACCGCGGUGGAAAUCAACGACGAAGCGACCAUGAUGGGCAUUGGCCUUCAAGAUAGCAGAAUAAAAGUGUUCUCAGUAACCCCCGUUAAACUAAAGGCAAUGAAGAGCGCAGGAGAAUUAGAAACAAUUGAUCGCGAAGCAGACGACGUCCUGUACCGAAUGAUGGAUGAAAGAAGCUCAGCUGAUUCCAAAGUAUUGGUUGGACAUCAGGGACCCGUUACCUCUCUUAGCUUUAGUCCAGAUAAACAGUUCCUCUUGUCUGGUUCGGAAGACGGUACGAUUCGAUUGUGGUCUCUGCUGACUUGGAGCAACGUUGUAUCAUACAAAGGUCAUGUGUUUCCUGUUUGGGCAGUUCAGUUUGCUCCUGUUGGCUACUACUUCGUGUCAUGUGGGCACGAUCGGACGGCGCGAUUAUGGGCCACAGACUCGUAUCAACCUUUACGAGUGUUUGCGGGUCAUUAUGCGGAUGUGGAUUGUGUGCAAUUUCAUCCCAAUUCCAACUACGUAGCGACAGGCUCUACGGAUCGUUCUGUUCGGCUAUGGGAUGUGUUAAGCGGCGCCUGUGUCCGACAUAUGACGGGUCAUAAGUCAACAAUCUAUGCGUUGGCCUUUUCCUCCUGCGGUCGCUUUCUGUGCUCGGCUGGUGGUGGGGGUCGUAUUCUCGUCUGGGAUGUGGCCACUGCUCACCUACUUGCCGAUCUCUGGAGCCACACGGACACGAUACAUCGGCUGACAUUCUCCCGAGAGGGCACCAUACUGACGUCGGGCGGAAUGGACUGCGCCGUCAAGCUUUGGGAUUUUACGAAACUAAUGAGCGAAUUUGAUCUCGACGAGGUAGCAUCCAACUCGCCGAAUGUCCGGGUUGCAACGGACGGUGCCCAUGACGGUCUCCUACUAUCCACUUACCCCACUAAGAGCACGUCGGUUUUGGCUCUGCACUUCACGAGAAGAAACGUGUUGAUGGCGGCCGGCUCGCCCGUUUGACGGAUCACUGCUCGAAUGGCGUCUUUUUGAUGAAGACCCCACACAGCCAAUAUGCCGAUACAACACGCCCGUGAUACAUUCUGCCGGCGAUAUAAUUUUGAUGAACGGUUGGCUCCACCAUGGUGAAAUGUAACGACUUCAUGGGGCUUAUUUGGAAUGUUUUUCAACGGGUCCCGUAUGAUGUAGAUGCGCAUGUACAGUUAGUCCUCGUAGUCGUGCACUCGUGUUUCUCACGAGAGGAGUACCACCUACAAUCCAAUCACAGGCCGCUGUUUGUACAGAAAAUUCGAAAAUGGAAAGAUAGAAAGAGAAAAAUAAGAGCCGUUAAGCCAACCCUGGCAGGGCAGUACGGCGAAUAUGUCGACGAACACUGUCGAAGGUCCAAGUAGCUAGCAGGAUUCUCCUCGGAUCUUGCGAGGAAUGAUUUUUAGAUGCUUGUGAAUCCGACCCUAUGUCCUUGAAAUAGCUGACGACACUGUAAAGCACUGAAAUGAAGUGAAACAUGCAAACAUUUCGUUUUUGUCGAGUGACGUCUUUAGAGGACAAGCGCGGCCAAGUCAGGAAAAGCAUAACAAUAAGGUGGCGAUUAGGAACAUAAAGGAGGGCAAAAAGAAGUUGAAGUAGGCGAUGGAGGGCCAACUAGAUAGAGAUAACACUAAGGAAUGCAAGCGAAAAAUGGAACAUGAAACGAUAUAAUGCAUGGAAGACACUAGUUUUACUAUAUAUAUAUAUAUAUAUAUAUAUAUAUAUAUAUAUAUAUAUAGAUGCGUGUGUGUGUGUGUGUGGGGGUGUGUAUUGUAAAUUAUUAAGAGUUGAUGAAGAGAGGGAUAUUAGCAACACCGGUUGGCGUGUGCACGCUCUGAUCCGCUCUGGUGCGUGUGUAUGUGUGUGUGUCAUAUAUAUGGGAGAGCAAAAUAACAGAAACAGAAGCCACGGAGCAGAAAAGCUAAAGCACUAAUUGACGUGGACAUGUGUGUGUGUGUGCCUCUGUAGAAAUGUCGAAAAUGCACGACCACAACUGCUAAAUUGCAAAACAGCGAAAUCCUGAGAAUCAUAAAAACAUUGAUCCAUGAAGGCGUUAGCGAGUCAGUCCUGCGUCCAGAGGAGAAUAGAUACAGCUGUGACGAGUCAACAAGAGAAAGAUAGCAACAGAACUGAGUAAACCGUGGACAUUACGAACACGGGGAAAAAACCGAAAAGAAGUAGGACGCUCGUCUUCAGAGUUCUGCAGCCUGUCCGCCGCAUUCGUUGGCCGAAGUUGUAUGCGGUUUUGUGUGAAUGCGCGCUUAGUUGUAUAGUAUAAUGAUAGUUGUUUUGUGAAUGGCUUCCUGCGAUAAGUGUCUGUUUCUGUGAGACAUCUAGGGCAAAUUGCUGGUGGCUCGCGAAUAGCCGAAGCGUUGGACAGCUGUACUUUGUCUCUGCUGCCUCUAUAUUAUAAUGAUUAUUAUUAACAUGUCGGCAUAUAUGGCUAAUAUGUGCUGUAUGCGCAGUGUGCAACUGUGCAUCCCCAGCUGGAGUAGCGCUCGAAUAUGUUAACGCCCGGCUAACGACCCGUUCAGAUCUCGCCCAGUUGAACCGAACAGAGGGGCUCAGGCCCAUGCGUUUUUGCGCUGCUCCAUCACCCUCUUGUAUAUUUGUAUAUGAUGAAUGAUAUAAAAGAAAACAAAUAACAAUCUACUAUCAAUGUAUGUCACCGAGCUAGUUAUAAUAAUAAUAAUUAUUAUUAUUAGAUCAUUACAAUGAUGCUUCACUGAAAGGAAAAGAGUCCGUACCGUAGUUAGUCGUAUCUGGAGCGGCAUGUGACAUCUACGGGCGACACACAUUGGCUAUGGACAAAAUCAAAUGGUUAUGACGAUGCCACUGGAAAAAUAAAAACAUGUGGGAGGGGGGUUUACAAACACAGUUUAUCAGUUUAUCGCGGCAAAGCAAAAAAGCAAACAUCAACAAGGCAUGUUAACAAGCAGUUGCGUUAAUCGUCACUAAUUGCAAGCGAAUGAUGACGUGGACACCAGUGAAUCAACCAUAGAGUAACUAUUACCUCUAUUCACUAGGUUCACCGCGAGUGACAUAUGAAUUAUUAUUAAUAGCAAUUGUUGAAUUGUUGCUGCUGCUGCCACAGCUGUCGUAGCAGCAAAAUAGGGAAUGAUAGAAGACGAAAAUGAGGUCGGUCUGGUCAGCUGGCUAGGCUGUAGUAAUUAAAACAAAACAGUUCAUUGCAUAACUGGCUUUUCGUAUGCUAUCUCCUAUGUCAUGUAGAUGUAUUACUAUGUUGGUCGUUUCACUAUUGGUAUUGGCUAGACAUUCAUCAAUGCGUCCAUCAUCUGUUAGUGGAACAACCCCAAAAUGAUUUUUCGUUCACUCACGUUUUUCACUUGAGCGUAGUUAUUACCUCGUGUAAUUUAUAUUUGCAUUGUCAUUGUGAUGGUCCUAAAAUCAUCUACUAAAAGUCUACCGAUGCCGUAUUGUUACGAGAUAUGUAAUGUUAUUUUUUAGGCUAGUUAAUGGUCGCCGAAAAUGACUCUAAAAGUUUCGCUCAAGUUCAGGUAGUACUUGUAUAUGCUGCUAGCAACAUGUUCUGCUAAACUAGUAAAUUUUGAAAUUAUAUCCAAAAUAUGGCGUGGGACGUAACGAAUUGUUAUUUAUUUCUGCGUUGGAUUUGAGCUGCCUUUCAUAAGGAGUUAUUAAUCAUUUUUUCAGAAAUCGUUCCACACACUAUAGCGGUUGUGUAAGAAUAAAUACAGCCUCCCCAGUGAGACUCAGAAUGACUGAUUGUUUGCGUACGUUGAAUGCAUCCGAUAAGUCUCCUUCCCUCUAAAUUAAGUAAUCCGUUUUAUCUUUCUUAAUCAACUUGCUUACGAUGCACUGUCACGAAGGACUAUCAGCAUUAGAGUAAUUACUAUCAUCAUUUAUUCAUAGAUCACAAAUUCGUGAAGCUAUGUGCAGGAUAUUCACAUGAAUGCUAAACUUAGUUUAAUUAUUAUGUUAAAUGCGCAUUUGUAUGUGUGUCCUAUUAUUAUGAGCAAUUCAAAUUACGAAUUAUGGGUUAACGUUCUCCACAGGAUUGUAAAUUGUACACUAACUUGAAACGUCCGGAACUUUGGACUAGUAACGUACUUCAUCGUUUUCUAUAUUCAACACCAUUUGCCUUUGUACAUUAAUAUACGUUCAAAAAAAAGCUUGAAAAUCCCCACUUAGAUUUCUACUAUCCGGCGUAUAUAAGUUCCGUAUAUCUAGGAUUCCUUGCGAGAGUUCUGUCUCGAAAUCUUUUUAACUACAUGAACUUAGUCCUUAAAGACCAAUCGUACAAUCGUUGGAGACCUAUAACCCGUGAUAUCAAAAACGUGUCAAAACUUAGAAAUCUUAGAAAUAACCGAAAUUUCGAUUCUCCUGAGCCGAAUUGAAUAACAUGCUGAUAUGAUUUUGUACAUGCUUAAUGGAUUGAUGAUAUAGUUCUUUAAUCAAUUGAUUGAUAACUGGCUGGCAAGGGAAAAUACAUCAUGGCAUAUAACUAUAACUAAUCUCUUAUUAUUAUUGUAAUAGCAUGUAGUGUCUUUAAAAAAUCAGUCAGUUGGCCAUACCGGUGAUAACGCUGCUCUUCCGCUGUACAGAAUAUAUACAUAAAUAUAUAUACACAUUAUGAUCACGAGCAUAAAUGGUGGAAAUAGUACUAAAUAUAUGUACGUAUUAGAAGUAAUAGUGUUUCUUUUAUGAUGAAGGGGACGACCACCAGUGGCAAGCAAAGCGAAAAACAGAAGGAAAGGAUAUGAAAAAGCAUGGAAUAUGUAAGAUUAGAUUAAGUAAAAUUAUUAUCUAAUCCGAAAGAAGUAUCUUUCGUGUUGGCUCUAUUGUGUAAGACUGAGCACUUUCUCUAACGGAUACCACAGCGACGCAGAUCGUCACAGUACAUAUACUGAAAAUAUAUAUAUAUAGAGAGAGAGAGAGAGAGAGACCUGUGGCGCAAAAAGCAAAUAAGAUAAGGCGGUGAAAACGAGAAAGGUUACACCAUUUUCAUUAUUCUGUAAAAAAAAAAAAUGAACAAUUACACCAGACAAC